AUGGAAUAUGAUUUGUAUGAAGACAUGGUCCAAGAGGACUUCAUCGACGAGUAUAAAAACAAUACUCUGAAGACCAUUAUGGGAUUUGACUGGGCUGUGUAUGACUGCAGUCAAGCUAAGUUUGUUCUGUUUGUAGAUGAUGACUACUAUGUAAAUAUACCACUUCUUCUAGAUCUUAUUGAAAAUAUUACUGAAUCUGAAAACGAGGAUGUGUUCAUUGGUUUUAAGUAUGAACAUGCUGUAGUUCGUAGAAAGAAAUAUUCUAAGUGGUACGUAUCUACUGACGAUUACCCUAACAAACAUUGGCCUCCAUGCGUUAGUGGUGGAUCUAUACAAAUAUGUAUUGCUGAUAUCUACCUCGGAAUAGUAGCUGAAGUUUUGAACAUAACACUCACACAUGACAAAAGAUUUGAAGUAAAAUAUGUUCCUGAAAAACUGGACACGUUAAUAACUAGUCACGACUACGGCUCGCCGAAUGUUCUCGUACAUGAAUGGAAAAUUGACGAUGAAGAUGAUGCAAUAUCAACUGUGGAACAAAACUCAUGAACUUCAUAAGAUGCACAAUAAGUUCA